CUGCAGCGCUGUGGAAAUGGCGCCUGCGUUCAAGCAGCAGUACUAGCCGGGGCGGUUAAGACGUUUGCCCUGAGCUCACUGGAAAUCAAAGUCUUUUUAUUGCCACACACAGGUUCAUCACAACAAUACGAGAGUUUAUUUGCGCGAGUCAAGCCCGGAUUAUGCCCUGGGAAAGAGUUGUCACGAGAGUCGUGUUUGAAGUAUAUCCAGUUUUCUUGAGGGCCGUUGUCAUUGGAGCGCAGUGAGCAUGCGUGACCUGGCAGCUCAAGUCACCAGCAGCUUGCUGCGCUUCCCAGAGGUGACGAUAGAUGCUCUGGGCGAGGAUGAAGUUACGCUGGACUCUGUGCUGCAUGGGAAAUUUACUUUUGCAGGGAAGAAUGCAUUGGCCUGGCUUGCCUGCGGGCCACAGUUGGAGGUGGUCCAUGCAGUUACUGGUGAGCGUUUCUCUGCCUACCACUUCAGCGGGGUGUCAGAGCACCCACCCACUGUGUUGGCAGUACGAGACUUCUGUUGGCUGAAGCGAACAGGGCUGCUUGUGGGUCUGGAGGAAGCAGAAGGCAGCAUGCUGUGUCUGUAUGAUCUUGGCAUCUCCCGUGUUGUUAAGGCUGUGGUCAUUCCAGGCAGGAUCACAGCCAUUGAGUCACUGGUUAGCUAUGGUGGGGCCAGUGCUAACACACAGCAUCUGCAUCAGAGUCUGCGUUGGUUCUUUGGUGUGGCUGCUGUGGUAACAGACAUCGGUCAUGUUCUACUGGUUGAUCUCUGUCUGGAUGACCUGUCUUGUAGUCAGAGUGAAUUGGAAGCCUCAGACCUGGAAGUGGUCAAUAAAUCUCCAUCUGAGAUUCCACGGUUAAGAGAGGGCGUGACUCAGCAGGGAAGACACUUGUGUCUGCAGAUUAGCAGCCCCACAGGUACUGGUGCAACAGCCUUGCAGUACAUCCAACGCACCAACCAGCUUGCUGUGGGCUUCUCUGAUGGCAUCUUACAGCUCUGGAACAUGAAGACCCUCAAAAAAGAAUAUCACUCACAGCUGGAGGGUGGCAGAGUGCCUGUCUAUGCGUUUACUUUUCAGGAGCCUGAGAAUGAUCCACGGAACUGCUGCUAUUUGUGGGCAGUGCAGUCUGCACAGGAUCAUGAGGGGGAUGUGGUUAGCCUUCAUUUGUUGCAGCUGGCUUUUGGGGAGAGAAAGUGCUUGACGUCAGGGAAAAUUAUCUAUGAGGGUCUAGAGUAUUGUGAGGAGCGUUACAGUCAGGACCUGAAUGGGACAGCGUUUCCUUUAAGGGCUCAGGCCAUUAAUACUCGUCUGAUCAGUUGUCAGACCAUUGAGAAGUUUCGCCACCACCCUGAUCGGGACGACAGCAUGAAUGAAGGUACGUUCGCAGUGGCAUCUCCUGAUACAAGUGUGUCAGUCUUUAGCUGGCAAGUUAAGUCUUACGGACAAGGCCAGCCUUCAACCUUCAUUGGAGUCUUUGACAUUAACAGAUGGUACCAUGCUCAGAUGCCAGACUCACUUAGAGCUGGGGAAUCCUUGAGGAACUGUCCUUAUCUGGCUGUGUGGUCUCUUGACUCUGUGGUAGAGAUGACAGCUCCAUGUCCCCUGAUGGACAUUCUAGUUCAUGAGCGCAGUCUUAGUAGGGGUCUGCCCUACACAAGCCCUCCACCAGAACAGUUCUUCAAUCCCACCACCUACAACUUCGAUGCUAGCUGUUUGCUUAAUGCUGGAAUUGUGCACUUUACUUGCUCUGGCUAUCAAAAAGAGACCCUGAGCUACUUGAAGAAAGUGGCACCAAGUUUGAGUGAAAGCAUCUCCAAUGGAUUCUCACGUUGCCUCAUGUCUGGACUCCUGUCCUCUCGCCUGGCUGAUGUCCAGCCCUCCAGCCUGUCCCAGGAGGAGCAGCUUGAUGCCAUUUUGUGCACUGCUGUGGAGACAAGCUCACUAGGACUCAUCACUGGCUGCAUUAAACAGUGGACAACUGAGGAGCAACCACGAUCAGCUGUUAACCUGCGCUAUAUACUGGAGUGGGCCUGGAACAAGGUUGUGCACACUAAGGAUGAGCUGGAUGAUAUAUGUGCUCCACUCUUUGACAGCUCCACAAACUUUACAGAUCCUCAGACACUGCAGCUGAUACAGCACAGUCAGCGCUUGCUGGCAAACCUCAGCACCAUCUUCCACUGUUUACUUAAUGAGGCUCAGGAGCUCACACAAAAUGGAUUGAUUGGACUCAUGAACAAAUGCAUGGUGUCUAGUUUGAUCUCCCAGUACUCUCAGGUGGUUCUGUGGUUUUGUCGAACGGGUCUUCUUCCAGAGGCCUCUGAUGAAGAUGUACUGCAAAUAUCAAGGCCCUUUUAUAGUUAUUCAAUUAUAAAAAACUACUACAUUAGCCAAAGGGAAGAGUUACAGAGACUUGCCAAGGACAAGUGGUGUGCAGACUGCCUCAUGAUUGAUGGCCUUGUUAGUCAAUGUGGGGAACGUCUUGCUGAACUCUGGAAAAGGGACCAGGGUGGAACAGGACAGUAUCCUCCCCCAUCACUUCAUGCCUUGCUGGAUAUUUACCUCCUGGAAAACAUUGAAGAGUCUGCCAAACAUGCCAUUGUUAUUUAUUUGCUACUGGAUGUGAUGUACUCAUUUCCUAAUAAAAGUGGGGCAUCAGUGGAGUCUUUUCCCACAGCAUUUGCCAUUCCCAUUGGUUUAGUGAAACUGGUACAAGGUCUGUGGUUGCUGGAUCAUCAUGAUCAUGAGAGAUCUUUGGAGCUGCUAUUACACCCAUCCACCAGUCACUCUCUGUGGAGCUGGCAACAUGAGCGUGUCCUGCAGGCUUUGAUGUGUCAGCAGAAGCACAGCAUUGCCCUUCGUUACCUGCAUGUGAUGAAGCCUCCCCUGUGCACUACCAACCAAGCCAAGCUGUGCCUCUCUGUUCUACUCUAUAACAGAUGUAUUGUGGAGGCCUGGGCAUUGUUAAGGCAGCACUGUAAUAAGCUGAACAUGGAGGAGGUGAUGAGGUUUCUCUUUGAGACCUGUCAGGUGCUGGGUCUGAUGAAAGAGCUUCUAAAGCUGCCCCUUGGACUGGCUGAGCAGGAGUGCCUGGAACGGUUUCUUCAAAGCACUGGAGGUUUUCAGAAUCGGGAGAUGCUUAUGGUCCACUACCUCCAGCAAGCAAAUUAUGUGCCUGCCCUGCAACUUAACCAGACCCUCAAAUUGAACCUUGCAACUGAUCAGGAUCCUAAAAUGAAGGAAAGAUCAAACACGAGGAACUCCAUCCUAAAUCAGUAUGGUAAAGUUCUUCCUCGUGUUCAACGGAAACUAGCCAUUGAACGAGCAAAACCCUACCAACACCCUACUACAAUCCACAGAGAAGUUAAAAGACCCCAGCCCCUGUCCACUGUAGCUAAACGUUCAGCUUCUGAAAAUGUAAUGACCAGAGCAGCCUUUAUCAAUAAUGUUCUCUCAAAGAUCGAAGAAGUGUGGGUUGGCAAGAACCCCACUCCAGAGUCAUCCCCUUACAAAAGCCCCAAAGAGUCAGAGGUACCAGUGCUUAGCCUGCAUCCUGCUUCUCCAAAUCUACCCGAGCCCUUUGUGGGAACGCCUAUCAACAUGUUAACCAAGAGGAUGUCCAGGCUUCUGGAUUUGGUUGUGCAGCCAUCUUCCCAAAGUUCUCCAGAGAGUUCUAAUUUGUUGGGAACACCUUCAAGGCCCAUUACCUCAUGGGCUGGCCCAAAGAGCAUCAGCAAGGCACCUGAGCUCAAUCUGUUACAAACUCCACAAGUGGUAAAGAGAGCUCGAGCCUUGGCAUCAGGCCCGGUUUUCUCAGCCUUCACCCCACAGUCCAUUCUGAGGAGCAGCCUACGUCCCACUCCUGUGGCCACACCCUCUGCCUCCCCAGGUCGAUCUAUCACUCCCCCUCUCCGCCCCAAAGAGAGUCGUAUUACCUUCAUAGAGGAGGCUGAUUCUCCAGAACCUCCCAAGGGUCCUGUCCACUGGAACACUGGGGUGGCCAUUAGCAGGGAGAGCAAUACACCUAAGAGAUCUUCCCCAUGUCUCAAAGCAAACAUCGAGGCCUGGAGUGAACAUUCAGAUGUGGAAGAUGAUGAGAAAGAACUAAGUAAGACCAGCAUGCCCUCACUGGAAGAGAGAGAGAACGCUAAUGUAGAAUCUGAUACUGGAUCUUCUGUUAAAGAUAUCCCUGCUGUGGUGACCAAACUAGUGCUUCCUACUCUUGUGCGACGCCCUAGUCUUGGGCAAGAAACAAGUCUCAUCUCCAAUCAGUCUGAUAGCACUCUUGAGUUCCAUGAUGCUCCAGCUCCUGAGGAUCUUCUGGAAACACAAAAAGAACAUCAAUUGGAUGACAGUGUGGAUUGGGAGGUUACAGUAAAUCUUCCUAACACUUCAGAGGAAGAUUUACCCCCAGUAGAUGGUGGCACUACAGCAGAGUUGCCCUCUGUUGCUCUGCCUGUGAAAGACCAAAAUACAGAUGAGAACAGGUCUGACCAAAAUGUUUUCAGUGACAAAAGCCCUUCAGACACACAGCAAACUCAGCAACAGAGUCUUGAGCUUAAGGUGCAUGUUAAUGUUGAGAGCGAUCUCACAAAGGAAGUGACAGAGGAGCGGUGUGAGAGAACUUCAGAGGCUCCGGUUCUCAAGCCAAAUGACAUGGAACCAGAACUUGUACUUCCAAUAGAGGAGCCAAGAGUAGAAUCUUUGGUUGAGGUUUCAGAACAUUCUGAAGUCCAGGAACCAACUGAAGCCGAAGAAUCAGUUAAUGAGUCCUCCAUCUUUGAAGCUGAUGUUCUUCCGGUUGAUGAGCCUGCAAACCAUAAGUCCAAUGAAGAAAAUGCUGCUCCUGACACUACUGAAGAACCGGCCAGUGAGGCCUUUGGUUUGUCCAAGCUUCCAGCAGUUGAGUUGGUCAACCAUGAACCUGUGGCUGAUGCUCCACUUCAUGCACGUAUUACUGGUGAACAUAAGAACAAUGAGGAAUGUGAAGAGGAGUCAAUGGAAACCUCAGAUUUGGAUGCAUUUGUGGAACAGCAUUUGUUUGGCCCAGAUCUUUCCCCACCCUUGACCCGGUCCUGUAUUAGAGAAGCCUCAGAUGCAUCACUGAACAGUGAACCAGUUUUUGACAUCAAGGAAGUUCAACUUGAUCCUGAGAAUGCAGCAAAUCUGAAAACACAGACAUCUGUCACCUCUUCAGAACCUGCAUCCUCAGAGUCCAGAUGUGCUGAAUCUGAGGAAGAGGAGACUGGAGAUGAGAACUUGGAGGACUCUGGUAGUGAGGUUGAGAUCAUAGAGGAAGUGAAGGGUAAUGGUAGGAAUAGCCACCAGCCUGCUCCUGCCCUUUACUUGGAGGAACUCCCAGCACAUGAGCAGUACCUCCAAGAAGAAGCCUGUGCCGUGCUCUCGCUGGUCACUCCUGAGACACAGUUGAAAGUUAUUGACAGUGACAUGUUAGAGGAAGAAGGUGAAGUGCUAAUGGUUGGCCUUGGCCCUGCAGAUCUAGAUGAGGAAGAUGCAGUAUGUUAUACUCGGCUAAAGCCAUCCACCACUCUCCUGGUGCCUGUAGAGCUGGCUGAGCAGCAUAAGCAUCUUAUAGUUGGAGGAACUUCACAGACCCUCAACAGUGAGGGUCCAGGAGACUCUGGUGGCUUUACGCUCAUGUUGGAGCCAGAUGUGGAGGAGCUGCCUAUCAUUUCAGAGUUGGACCACAAUAAUCAAUUGCUAUCUCUACGUGAGCAAGAACAACCUCAGGACAUGGAGAAUCAGCUUACAACAAACUCGGAGGUUGUCAUUUUGGAACAUACUGUUUAUGUUCCAGACAACACAUUAGAACAAGAAAAAAUCUUGGUGUCAGACCUUGAACCUGUUGUCAUUGGUGCUCCUGAAACUGGUGAGCAACCAGACGUACCAGCUGAGGUACACCAUGAACAGAUGGUGGAACCAGCAUCCACACCAGAAUCGGUGCCUUCUCUUAAAGAGACAGAAGGACUAACCAAUGGUGAUAUACUAGAUUGUGGUCCUUCUGAGAUCCAGGAAGAAUUACAUGCCCCUCUUCAUAGGGAAGUAUUGGAGUCUUCUCUGCCAGAGAAUGUCUUGCUCCCAGAAAAGCUUUUAGUAAAAGCAAAUGAGGAUUCCAAAUUGGAUGCAGGGAUGUUGUCUGUGGCUAAAGAUAAUAUAAUGGAGUCUAACCAAGUAGACAAUGCCCCCACAUUGGGUGGAGAAGUUGAACUUUCCACAACAAAAGAGAUGGCAAGACCAAAGUCUCCAGCAAGAUCUAGGUCCCCUGCAAGAUCUAAAGUACAAAGAUCUAAAAAAGAUAGAGAGGAAGUUUUAGAGAACUUCAAAGCGUUGCCACGUAGCCCAUCACGUAGUACAAGGAAAACUGUCAUGUUUCCUGUACCCAACCUUGAUGCUGACAAAGAUCUCACUGAGGAGGAGCAAAUGGAUUCUCAGGUACCUUCUACACCAAGACGUGUUACAAGGAGUUGCAAGCAACUACAGGACUGUGAAGUUCCUGUUACACCCAGAAGAAGCACAAGAAAAGCAGAUGCAGAUCAGAGAGAUAACAAUGAUGACCAUGAUAUGACUUCUGCAAAAAUAUCAAAGACUUCAAGUCCAGCGCGAAAAACCCAGCAGAAAGCCACACCUAGGAAAGGAUUCCGAAGAACCAGGAACACAACAGUGGAUGAAGAUGAGGCCCUGUUUAUGGACCUGCCUCCAAAUGACUAUUCAGAACCACAGGCCAGGCAGAGCACUAGAAAAGUACAAGCAAUCGUCGAAGUUCAAGAGACCCAUCAAGAUGUCCCAGUCGAGAGGGCGCAGUCUGCCAAUGUAAGUAGCAGUCCUAGUAGGGCUACACGCAAGUCCACAAGAGGACUUGCAUUAGAAAGUUUCUCACAGGAUCCUCAGGAAGAUGCUGCUUCUCUAACUCAACCCCUAAAAACUCCUCCAAGGAGCAGGAGAAAGACUGUGGCCAGCACUAUGGAGAAAGCUAACAAUGCCACCUUUAUUAUUGAUGAUGCACAACUUCAAAGUGUUUCAAGACGACUAACCAGAAGCCAGCAUUGGAAUCAAAUAGAGGGUCCUGGCAAAGAGAGAAAAGUCUUGAUUCCUCUCGAAUUGGAGUCUAAAGUUCCCCUGGCUGAUGCCUUUGCAGAUCGAUUCAAAGGCGAGGAGAGUGUUCCGGUUGUAACUGAAAUAAUACGUGCCAAGAGAAGAACCACUAGAUCUGCAGCACCUGCAGAAUCACUGAGUGGAGCUCAGAAUGCAGUCAAUGAAGAUUCAAAGUUUUUGGUAUCCGAUGAAACGCAAGAAUCUGCAAGCAAGUCACUUGCAAGUGCUGGACGUACACGAGCAAGCAAAGUGUCAAAACACCUUGACGAACAUAAUUCUUCAUCUGUUAGUGAUUCAGGCUCUUCCACAGCUGACCUGAAAAGAACAAAAGGUAGGAGAACAGUUGUACAAAAUGAUACUGAAGUGCCAGAGAUUUUGACCCCUCUUGUGCCUUUAACACAAAGCACAGAAGAUGCAACUGGUUCUCAUUCCAAAGAGGACAACGGCCCAGUGGUAGAUUAUGAUGCAGUUUUCAAACCCAGAAGGAAGAGAACAACCAGGGCAAAAGCUGCCCCAGUACCCCCACCACCAGUUGAGAUCAGCUUUCUCUCUCCACUGGCCAGUCCAGUCGAACCAGUUGCUAUAACCAAACAAAGAACUGAUAAAAAGGAAACACCCUCACUGAGGAUGAACCUACGCCGUAAACGCAUGAUGGAUGCCAUUUUUCCCAAACCCAUUACACAGAGGAAGAAACUUUGAUUGUGAAUUUGAACUUUUUGUUUGGACUUUUCUCCCAAUGCACUGAAUGACUUGUCUCCCAAUGCGCUCUCCUUUCCCUAUUUCUUGAGAAAUCUGCAACUUGCUGUUUUCUAACUAAGAUAAUCAAUGAAUAAUGUUUGGAAUAAACAUCAAAUUUUGAAUAAAUUUAAUAUAAAUUAUGAUGUUUGCAGUAAGGAGCGCUGAAGGACUUGAGCACCAAAAAAGGAGAUGGCUUAGUUUUUAAAUGUGUUUCUACUAAUUGAUGCAAAUGUAAAUAGCCUUUUAGGUAUGUUAUAAAUAAAAUGUGAUACUUAA